ACUACUGCCACUGCAAACAGUGUACGCAUUGACUCGAUCAAUCAACGGGGAGGGAACACAACACGGCGGCCAUCGAUGGCCGGCGUUUUGCAGAUCACAUCGUCGACGACCACCACGAGGUACAAUAUUGUCGGCCUCAUCUUCUUCUUCUCCGUCUUCUGCGACGAUCUCUACUCGCCGGCUCCAGUCGCCUUGGCCUUGACCUUCAACCACACCAACUUCGGCCCGGACGAGCAGACGAACAUCAGGCUGGAAGGCGACGCCGCCUUCAGCGCCGACUUCUCCUUCAGCGGCGACGGCGGCGGGUGGGUCGACAUCAGCGCCAACAGGCACGGCAGCAUCGAAGACAGCCGUGGCAGGGUGUCGUACGCCCUUCCGGUCCCUCUCUGGGACGCCGCCACCGGCGAGGUUGCCAGCUUCACCACCGGCUUCUCCUUCGUCAUCAACCCGCCCAAACAGGACGGCGGCAUCGACAACAAGGGCGCCGGCAUGGCCUUCUUCCUCGCCGGCUUCCCGUCGAGGCUCCCCGGCUCCUACCCCUACAACCUCGGCCUCACCAACCAGACCGCCGACCAGGUGGCCGCCGGCGACGACCGGUUCGUCGCCGUGGAGUUCGACACCUUCAACGACACCAUCGUGCACGACCCCGACGCCACCUACGACCACCUCGGCGUCGACGUCAACUCCGUCGUGUCCAAGACGACCUUGACCUUGCCCAGCUUCACCCUCGUCGGGAACAUGACCGCCGUCGUCGAGUACGACAACGUCUCCAGCAUCCUGGCCAUGAGGCUGCACCUCGGCUAUGGGCUUAGUGGCCCCCGUCACCGGCCGGAUUACAACCUUAGCUACAAGGUUGACCUCAAGAGCGUGUUGCCGGAGCAGGUCGCCGUCGGCUUCUCCGCCGCGACGUCCACAUCCGUCGAGCUGCAUCAGCUGCGUUCAUGGUACUUCAGCUCGUCGCUGGAACCCAAGGCCGCACCGCCACCGGUGGCGCCGCCGUCACCGUCACCACCGCCUACCUCCGGUUCAGGAAGUGGCGGGGUUGUAGCGGGAGCCACCGUCGGCGCAGCACUGUUCGUCGUGCUCCUCUUGGCCAUGGUAGCAGUCGUCGUACUCGUACGACGACGACAUCAGAGGAAGAAGAUGAGGGAGGCGGAGGAGGCGAACGACGACGACGAUGACACGGAAGGCGAUCCCAUCAUGGAGAUCGAGAACGGGACGGGGCCGAGGCGGUUCGCGUACCAUGUGCUCGUCAACGCAACCAAGAGCUUCGCGGCGGAGGAGAAGCUUGGCCAGGGCGGAUUCGGCGCAGUGUACCGGGGCUAUCUAAGAGAGCAGGGCCUCGCCGUCGCCAUUAAGAGGUUCAUCAAAGAUUCCUCCAACCAAGGGAGGAGGGAGUACAAGUCAGAGAUCAAGGUCAUAAGCCGUCUGCGCCACCGCAAUCUCGUGCAGCUCAUCGGCUGGUGCCAUGGCCACGACGAGCUCCUUCUUGUUUACGAGCUCGUCCCCAACCGUAGCCUCGACAUCCAUCUCCACGGCAAUGGCACCUUCCUCACAUGGCCAAUGAGGGUCAAGAUUAUUCUUGGGCUCGGAUCAGCCCUAUUCUACCUUCAUGAGGAGUGGGAGCAAUGUGUCGUACACCGUGACAUCAAGCCAAGCAAUGUCAUGUUGGAUGAGUCCUUCAAUGCCAAACUAGGUGACUUCGGACUUGCAAGGUUCAUUGAUCACAUCGUGGGGAUGCAGACAAUGACUGCAGUCUCUGGGACACCGGGCUAUGUUGAUCCUGAAUGCGUGAUCACCGGCAGAGCAAGCGCAGAAUCCGACGUUUAUAGCUUCGGCAUUGUCCUACUGGAGGUGGCGUGCGGGAGGAGGCCGAUGAGCUUACUAGACAGCCAGAAGAAUGGUAUCUUCCGGUUGGUCGAGUGGGCUUGGGAUUUGUACGGCAAGGGAGACAUUCUCAUGGCCGCUGAUGAGCGGCUCAACGGCGACUACGACGCGGCGGAGAUGGAGCGUGUCAUUGUCAUCGGGCUCUGGUGCGCACACCCUGAUCCGAACGCGCGUCCGUCUAUCAGAAAUGCCAUGGCUAUGCUCCAAUCCGGUGGGCAACUGCCAGUGUUGCCGGCUAAGAUGCCCGUGCCGAUGUACAUUCCUCCAGUGGUCUCUGUAGAUGAGCUCUUCACGUCGCCUGCAGGGAUGUCAUCCUCAAGUGCGACGCAGUCAUCAACAACAACGGUGAGUGGCUACGCAACCCACAUCUCGACUUCUUCUGACACAUCCACUUCAGCUGGUUCGAAGGACUCGUCUUCGUUGCUCAAACAUCAGUUCUAGUAAUGUUCAGUUCAUUUGAGUUGUUCUUGAUUUUACAGUAGUUGAUGCUUGGAUGGGAUGUUCAGCUCGUCAGCGCCCGUUGAUUUGAUCUUUAGACUUUUGCUUAAUUGCCGGUGUGAGUAAUCUGGUAUUUACGCCAUGCUUUGAACUUUUACAGUCAUUUUAAGUUUGUCUACAAAUAUGUAUGUAUAAAUGUAUAAUGCCACAUUUCUAUUCAUUCAGAUUGCCGAUAUACCUAACAGCUCGUUCUUUC